UGGGCGGUUUUCCAAAUUGCUGCUUUUCCGCCGUCUCCUUGGGGCUGCCAGCUCUGCUGGCUGUGCUGAGAGACCCCGAACCCCGAGCGCCACCCCCCCACCCCGGAGGGCGGAAGUUUCCAGCAGGUCGCUUCCCUCUCAGUGCUCUCCAAGGUCUGAGGAUUCUCCGCGCUUCUCCAUCAGGUGGAGCCGUGCACUCCGCGCUGCCUCCUCCCUCCUCGCGAGCGAACCGCGCGCAGGCCACCUCGCAGCGCCAAGAGGUUAACCGAGCCCCCGGAGGAGCUUCUGUGAAAGGAGCCCUUCUGUCACUCGUCACUCGCUCGCUCGCUCGCUGUGGGAGGAGCCCGCCGGAGGGAGCCCUGUGCCUGGGAUGCCUAGAGCCAGAGAAUGGACCUGCUCCGAGGGGCAACAUUGCUGAGGAUCCCGGCUUCCCGAGGCGGCUAAAAGCAGAGGAUUUGUGUUGGCUGGCUGCAGAGACCGGGAGGCACAAAGAGCCCGAAGCCACUCAAAAGGACGGAGGGACAGACAGGCAGAUGGUCUGCGCGAACCGGAGAGGAUCCGCGGCGGAGGCUGAGCACCGAGAGCCACCGAGGAAGAGAAACUAACUGCACACCAAGUUGCCCCGCCGGCUUUCCCCACGCUGCGCUGAGGAAUGAAACCUUUCCAGCUCGACUUGCUCUUCCUCUGCUUCUUCCUUUUCAGUCAAGAGCUGGGCCUCCAGAAGAGAGGAUGCUGUCUGGUGCUGGGCUACAUGGCCAAGGACAAGUUUCGGAGAAUGAAUGAAGGCCAAGCCUACUCCUUCAGCCAGCAGCCCCAGGACCAGGUGGUGGUGUCGGGACAGCCGGUGACGCUGCUAUGCGCCAUCCCCGAAUACGAUGGCUUCGUUCUGUGGAUCAAAGACGGCUUGGCCCUGGGUGUAGGCAGAGACCUCUCAAGUUACCCCCAGUACCUGGUGGUGGGGAACCAUCUGUCAGGGGAGCACCACCUGAAGAUCCUGCGGGCAGAGCUGCAGGAUGAUGCUGUGUAUGAGUGCCAGGCCAUCCAGGCUGCCAUCCGGUCCCGGCCUGCACGUCUCACUGUGCUAGUGCCACCCGAUGACCCUGUCAUCCUGGGGGGACCUGUGAUCAGUCUUCGCGCCGGGGACCCCCUCAACCUCACCUGCCACGCGGACAAUGCCAAGCCUGCGGCCUCCAUCAUCUGGUUGCGGAAGGGAGAGGUCAUCAACGGGGCCACCUACUCCAAGACCCUGCUCCGUGAUGGUAAGAGAGAGAGCAUCGUCAGCACCCUCUUCAUCUCCCCUGGCGACGUGGAGAAUGGACAGAGCAUUGUGUGCCGUGCCACCAACAAAGCCAUCCCUGGAGGGAAGGAGACUUCGGUCACCAUUGACAUCCAGCACCCCCCGCUUGUCAACCUGUCGGUGGAACCACAGCCUGUUCUGGAGGACAAUGUCGUCACAUUCCACUGCUCUGCAAAGGCCAACCCUGUUGUCACCCAGUACCGGUGGGCCAAGCGGGGACACAUCAUCAAGGAGGCAUCUGGGGAGGUGUAUAGGACCACUGUGGACUACACGUACUUCUCAGAGCCCGUGUCCUGCGAGGUGACCAACGCCCUGGGCAGCACCAACCUCAGCCGCACAGUGGAUGUCUACUUCGGACCCCGGAUGACCAUGGAGCCCCAGUCUCUGCUCGUGGACCUGGGCUCCGAUGCCAUCUUCAGCUGCGCCUGGAUCGGCAACCCAUCCCUGACCAUCGUGUGGAUGAAGCGAGGCUCGGGUGUGGUCCUAAGCAAUGAAAAGACCUUGACCCUCAAAUCCGUCCGCCAGGAGGAUGCUGGAAAGUAUGUGUGCCGAGCUGUGGUCCCCCGGGUGGGAGCCGGGGAGAGAGAGGUGACCCUGACUGUCAAUGGGCCCCCCAUCAUCUCUAGCACUCAGACUCAGCAUGCCCUCCAUGGUGAAAAAGGCCAGAUCAAAUGCUUCAUCCGGAGCACGCCACCUCCCGACCGCAUCGCCUGGUCCUGGAAGGAGAAUGUGCUGGAGUCGGGGACAUCAGGGCGCUACACGGUGGAGACGGUCAGCACAGAGGAGGGCGUCAUCUCCACGCUGACCAUCAGCAGCAUCGUGCGGGCUGACUUUCAGACCAUUUACAACUGCACGGCUUGGAACAGCUUUGGCUCUGACACGGAGAUCAUCCGGCUCAAGGAGCAAGGUUCGGAAAUGAAGUCGGGAGCCGGGCUGGAAGCAGAGUCCGUGCCGAUGGCCGUCAUCAUCGGGGUGGCCGUGGGAGCUGGUGUGGCCUUCCUCGUCCUACUGGCAACCAUCGUGGCCUUCUGCUGUGCCCGUUCCCAGAGAAAUCUCAAAGGUGUUGUGUCAGCCAAAAAUGAUAUCCGAGUGGAGAUUGUCCACAAGGAGCCUGCCUCUGGCCGGGAGACUGAAGAUCACUCCACCAUCAAGCAGCUGAUGAUGGAUCGGGGCGAAUUCCAACAAGACUCAGUACUGAAGCAGCUGGAGGUCCUCAAAGAAGAGGAGAAGGAAUUUCAGAACCUCAAGGACCCCACCAAUGGCUACUACAGCGUCAACACCUUCAAAGAGCACCACUCGACUCCGACCAUCUCCCUGUCCAGCUGCCAGCCAGAUUUGCGUCCCAGCGGCAAGCAGCGUGUGCCCACAGGCAUGUCCUUCACCAACAUCUACAGCACCCUGAGUGGCCAGGGCCGCCUCUACGACUACGGGCAGAGGUUCGUGUUGGGCAUGGGCAGCUCGUCCAUCGAGCUCUGUGAGCGGGAGUUCCAGAGGGGCUCCCUCAGCGACAGCAGCUCUUUCCUGGACACACAGUGUGAUAGCAGCGUCAGCAGCAGCGGCAAGCAGGAUGGCUACGUGCAGUUCGACAAGGCCAGCAAGGCCUCCGCCUCCUCUUCCCACCACUCCCAGUCUUCUUCCCAGAACUCCGACCCCAGUCGACCUCUGCAGCGGAGGAUGCAGACUCACGUCUGAGGAUCACGCACCUUGGGCGGAGACAGGCAGGGGAGGAGGGCAGCACACGGGCUGGGCCUCCAGGGGCUAGGGCUACUUCGCAGAGGAUCCCAGAACUGCCACCUUCCAGGAUGGCCUGUGAGCGCCUCUGCUACCACCUUCCUUUGAAGCUCUGAUCAAGCACAAAUCUGAGUCCCCAGCUGCAGCGAGCCAGAGGAGGGUGGGUGGGGAAACGGACAGAGGGUGCAGUUAAGUGCACGUGCUUGGUGCUGGACAGCCUGUCCCCCACCUUUCCCUGGAUGCCCCUCUACCACCUGCUCCUCCCAUGGGCACUAGUGGCAGCUAUAACUUUGCUUUCAUGAACCUGCCAUCCACUCUCUGGUCUCCCCUGGUCUUUCCCCCUUGCUGCCCUAAGCUCUCCUCCAUGCCUGUGCUCCUAGACAGUCUGAGGGGAAGGGGGAGUUCUCCACAGCCCUGGAUGCUCUGAGACCCCAGCUCCGACUACUGGUUGUGGCCCAGGCUUUAGGGGCUGAGAAGCCAGGAACUGGCUAGCCAAAGCAGCACGCUGUCCUGGAACCCGCCCCCAGUUCGUUUGGUGUUUUGUGACCAUACUCUUGCUGUUCUGUCCUUGGACUUGAUGCCUCUGAACUUGGAAGUGGGACUGGCCCAGAGCCUGCAGGGAGUGGGGAGGGAGGGGAAGAGGGAGAGUGUGAAUGCUGGGGAGCCCCUUGCCCAACACUCCCCUCCAGGCCCGCCUCCCCCUGCCCUGCUUUGUGUCCUACCGGCCUCCCUGCAGCACAAUUGGAGUUAAUAUAAGGAGUGUGAGUCUCUCUGGUCAGGAUUCUUUGAAUAGUCACUGGAGUGUUUCCUGAUGGGUGUGGUUUGAGGGGCUGGAGGCCAGGCCUUUCUGAGACUUGCUUUCUCAGCUGGUGAACACAAGGAACAGUGAUCCUGUCGCCAGAAAAACUCUGUGGGCAAGAGGGACAGUUCACCUGCACCCCUGGCCUCCACUACCUGAGAAUAAAUGUUAGGCCCAUCA